AUGUAUUUCCAUUGUUAGAGUGGCCACUUGAGUAUCUGGUCAAUAUAAUGUAUACUCUGUGAUCAUAUCGAUCAACUUCAGUUAAGUAGUGGUGUGGGUGUUUGCGUUUAAUCCACUAGAUGGGGGAUUUUUCUCUUUGUUUACCCCGCCCAAACGCCAUUACGUUGGUCUCCGACGUUGCGUCAACUCUGAAUCGAAGUUGGCUAUCUAGAUUGAGCCAAGCGUACUUUCCCUAUUUCUCUGUGUUCAAAUAAACAUGUUAUACAUAGCUAGACUGUUUUAAAUGUUAUCUUUGAAAUAAUCAGAAAAUCAUUAUUUUCAAAGCAACCAACGACAACUGUUGGAUCGAAAUCUUCGUCUCAUCCAGCGUUUAUAAAUGAAGCAAUAGCUGCCUGCUACUUUAGCUAACAAGUGACAAUUUACAAAGAAGGUAAACAAACCAACCGCUAGAGGUUGGAGAAUGGGAUGUGGAUAUAAUGUAAGUAAUCUGACUUGUUUUUUUCUAAAUGGACCAUGGGGAACCUUUGCAACGCGAGGACUCAAAUGUCGUUUUACGAGAUGAAAAAUAGAGAGACAUUCCAACAGCAACGUUACCAUUCCUGAAUCCCCCAUCAAUUUACACGGUGAAGGCCUGGUGCUAGUUUUUUUAGCUAGCUAACUGCCCCCCAGCCCAUCAAAUACACACUGGUAACAGCCGUACCCUGGAAACGUCACCGUUGUCACACAGGAUUUGGAUGAUGCUGAUACUGAUGCACCUGAGAGAGAACCCUCCUGUCUAAGACACAACCAGCUGGAUUUAACACACACUCUCCCAGCCCUCCCCUCAGCACCCCCAUCUCCUGCAUCUGAACCAUGUGAGGGCCCCUCGCUCCACUUUGAGGGGAUCCCAGGACUGUUGUGUAAAAGCAGCCACUGAGCGGGGCCAGAGUGAACCUGUGUGUGAGCAAGCAGUCUUCCGCCUAACCCCCACCCACAUAUUCCCACCCCCCUUCCUGUUGGCAACUCGCCAUGAUGUUCCGAGACCAGGUGGGCAUCCUGACGGACUGGUUCAAGGGCUGGAACGAGUGUGAGCAGACGGUGGCGCUGUUGUCCCUGCUGAAGAGAGCAUCUCGUACCCAGGCCCGCUUCCUGCACAUCUGCCUGGAGCACUGGCUGGCAGACUGCACUGAGAUCCACAUCCUGGAGGCUGAGGCCAACAAUGCAGAUAUUGUGAGCCAGUGGCACCUGGAACCCAUGGAAAAGGCGGUGUCCCUGCUGCUGUCCCACCUGCCCCUGCUGCAGCCCCGCAACAGCGAGGCCAAGUGUGAGUACAUGAAGCUGCUGCAGAAGGUGCUGAGCCACACCAUCGAGAGCAGUCUGUUUGUGGAAGAGAGUAGACAGCUGCUGUCCUACGCCCUCAUCCACCCGGCCACCACCCUGGAUGACCGCACCUCGUUGGCCAUGUGGCUCAACCACCUGGAGGAGCACCUCUCCAGCGGCUACCCAGCGCCCUCCCGGCCCCCCUCUGGCUCCUACCACCCCCGCCAGGGCUCAGAUGAGUGGCCGGGCUCAGCAGAGGUCCUGGACCCUGGCCAUGGCUGGCUGGACAAGCCCCCCUCCUCUAGCUCCUCCCCUGCAGGGCAGAACGGACACAUGUCUUUCCAGGGUGGGAUGCCCUCUCCCAUAAAUAGCAACAACGCAGGCAUGGGUCAGAUGGGCCAGCCCAGUCCUCUGAAGAGGUCCUCGUCCCUAAUCCCCUCCAGUUCCCAGAUCUGUGGCACAGAUUGGCUGAGCCAGGACGACCUGGGGGGGCGACAGGCCUUUGACCACGCCCCCCUGUCCCCCCAGAGUAGUGUGGCAUCCUCAGGCAGCGAGCAGACUGAGGAACAGGGCUCCAGAAACACCUUCCAGGAGGAUGGCAGUGGCAUGAAAGAUGUGCCCAUGUGGCUGAAGAGCCUCCGUCUUCAUAAGUACGCAGCACUUUUCUCCCAGAUGACUUAUGAGGAGAUGAUGAUUCUGACAGAGCACCACCUGGAGUCACAGGUUUGUCAUCGUUUGUCACAGAAUGUGACCAAAGGUGCGCGGCACAAGAUAGCCCUGAGUGUCCAGAAGCUACGGGAGAGGCCAAGCGUUCUCAAGUCUUUAGAGAAGGAUAUAUUGGAGGGGGGCAACCUGCGUAACGCCCUACAGGAACUGCAGCAGAUUAUCACCACCCCUAUCAAGGUCUACAGCUACAGCCCUCCCAGUGUUUCCCACAGAGAUAUGGAGGGGAGUGGAUCCCCCUCAGACCACACCAACCCUGGGGAGGACAAGGACCUGGCCCAGGAGGGCUUCCAGCCCCACAACCCCCCUCCCUGCGACGGAGAGUCCUCAGCCACACCCAUCUCAGACGGCGACAUUGCUGGGCAGUUCACGCGUGUCAUGGGUAAAGUGUGCACUCAGCUACUGGUGUCCAGGCCGGACGAGGAGAAUAUCAGCUGUUACCUGCAGCUCAUUGAGAAAUGUCUGACACAUGAGUUUUCUCUUGUCUCUGUCUCUCAGGCUUUCACAGAGACUCAGAGGAAGAGGCUGGUCUCCUGGAAGCAGCAGGUUCUCAAGCUGCUCCGCUUGUUCCCAAGGAAAGCCAUGCUGGACAUGCCUGUGUACCGACAGAAAGGCUGGGCAUAUGGUUCCAACUCCCUCCCCACAGCAGGUUCUGUGAGUGCUGGGGGUCUGGCACGUAGGGGGCAGAGGGCAUUCCAGAUGCCCCCUCGUGGCCUCCCUGCCGGGCGCAUGGGGCUCCUGAGUCCAGGUGGCAUUGGGGUUGCCUCCCCACGCCACACCCUCACCAGCCCCACACUGCCAGGCCAGGGCAGACAGAACCUGUGGUUUGCCAACCCUGGGGGCAGCAACAGCAUGCCAAGCCAGAGUCGCAGCUCCGUGCAACGGACCCACUCACUCCCUGUCCACACCUCCCCGCAAACCAUGCUCCUGUUCCAGCAGCACGAAUGCCAAGUUCCAGGUGCAGACCUGGAGAUCAACCCCACGCUGGAGUCACUGUGCCUCAGUAUGACAGAGCAUGCCUUAGGAGAUGGAAUUGACCGAACAUCAACAAUUUGAAAAUAAAAGCAGUGAAAAGAAGAAACCAAACCGACACUUCACUUCAACUGAGGCCUGUUCAGUUUCUCUUGCCCAGCACAAAAAUAUAUGCUUAAAAAACAAAGCAAAAUGGUCACUACAAAACGACAACUGUAUAUGUUCUCUGAUAUUUUUCUACUUUAUUAUACUUAAGUAAGUUUAUUAUAAAUGGAAUACAGAUGACUAUUAUAUUACAGGAGGGAGAAGAGGUUACUUGUGCAACAUGCUCAAUGUCUUCUGCAGGACUGUGACAUUAAAACGAGCAGAAUGAGGCUCAGAUUGUUGAGCUCUGAGAGGAAAAUGGAGGAUUGGUGCUGUCUUAAGGGUGUUCUAUCUUACAGGUUUCUCCCCUUUUCCUCCCAGAAACACGCAGAGCCACGCCUCUCACCCCCAGAUACUGUAACUGUACCGCCAGGGUCUCCCGACCAGGAGUAAGGCACUUGGCCUCCCACACACUCUGUGGAAUUGGGAACUAGAACAGUGAUUAAUCACACACGACCAGCCUGUAGCGCUGUUCUGAUCCUAAAACACGACCAGCCUGUAGCGCUGUUCUGAUCCUAAAACACGACCAGCCUGUAGCGCUGUUCUGAUCCUAAAACACGACCAGCCUGUAGCGCUGUUCUGAUCCUAAAACACAACUACAGCUGUCUACACAACCACCCUACCCAGCUACAGCCAGAGCUAGUUAGGCCCUAUACGUAGACACCCAACACCCUGGCUCAUUCCCCUCACGUACCCAACAUGGGUUUACCCCCAACAUGGGUAUUACUGGCUCUGACACCUCUCCACCUCUACUAGGCCAAAGAGAAGGGCUCUGUGUGUAUCCCUAUGUUAGAAUGAUUUUUGGAGUGGCCAAUGCGACAGUAUACAUGGUAAUUGUUUAAAGAAUGGCGGUUUGAAGUUAACGUGUCGGCUGGAACUUGUCUGCAUUGAUAUUUUGUUCCCUACUACAAAAAUGAUGAUGUAUCUCAUUUGCAAGUUAAGCGCCGAGGCAAACCCCACAGGGUUGAAUAAGGGCUGAUGAGGUUUGUUCUAUGUGGGGCCUGAGUGAGAAAUUGCAUUGGUAAAGAAAAUGGGGGGGGGGGAAAUAAUUCCAAGAGGGGAGCUGUUGGUGCAUCUGUUUUCAAGUAGUUACCUCACUAUGUUAUGCUGUGUGAGGAACCUUAAUGAAUUCUGUUUCUACCCAGAGGUCCCAUUUAUGAUUGGCUCUGAAAAAUGCAAAGGAAGCUCUGUCUCUGCCUCUCAGAAUGAACCACUACCCACCACCUCACCCUGCCCUCUCCUCAACAUGGCCAGUGUAGAGAUUUGAUGAAUCAUCAUUUUUAUGUAGCCAGAAUAGAUUCGACCCUACGCUUACUUACAGUUUAACAUGACAGAUUAAGACAUCUAUGGCUCGGAAAACGUACCUCAAUCCAGGGAUGAGAAAUGUGUUUGUACUCCGAAUUGGCCCUUUAUCUCAAAUGUUACAUCUAGAAUAUUGAACGACUGCUAGUUUUUAAGUAAACUGCCGUUUUCGCCCUCAGUAGCCACAACAGCCAUUAUGGACUGGCAUGUCGCGUUGAACAACAAUGGAGCUGAUUGGCUGACACUGCCAUUCCAAUCUGGCUGCUGAGGCUUCUGCUACCUACCACAAAGAUGAAACUAGCAGUCGUUCAAUAUUCUUGGUGUAACAGUUGAUAAUGGGACAAUUCGGUGUACAACGCAUUUCUCAUCCCUGGGUUGAAGUACGUUUUCCAAGCAACAUCUCACACCGGCUCCGCAGUGUCUUAAUCUAAACAGGAAGCCUGUCCGACCCCGGUGCAACUGUAAGAAAGCGUAGGGUGGGAAUCUAUUCUGGCUAACUUUUUAAGGUGCUUGAAAUAUGUCCUGUUUGGAUCUCUUUGUGUUCCAAUUGUAAAACCCUAACAUUUAUUUGGUGGUAUCAGUGUUGAAUCAGAAACUCCUAUACAACCUCUGUCUUUGAAUGUGGCAGAGCGGAGGUGCAUGUAUGUAUAUGGUCUUAACGUUUGGAUCACCUUUUGGUUGCAUCACGAGGCAGGGAUAUCCAUUCGCAUUUUAUUUCUGCAGAGCCAUGGCUGGUCUAUUUGUUUAGUAAACAUGGUUAUUUACAAGCUUGACUUUACCACUUCUUUUUUUUACUACCCUCCCUUAAUAUUUAUAACUUGUCCUUUUUUCCUAUAAUUGCAUGUUUUCCCCCACACAAAUUGAACGAUUGUUGUAGAUAUUGAGAGAGGGCAGUGUUGCAGUCACAGUAGUGCUCAAUGUCUACAAAUCCUCCAGAGAGCAGAGAUGAUGGGACUGGAGUUCAAUGUUGAUACCUCCUAAUAGCACUGUUUACCUCCCUCUGGGAGUGCCCAUUUCAUGUUCUGUGAUGUGUAAUGAUGGGUCUGAAAAUGACUGUUGGCACUUCAGUGCUCAUUAAUAUACUGUCUCCUCAAUAUGUAAGGCCUAAAGCUCGUAGCUAAGCCUUCUAACACAUGAGCUAGCUGGGUAGAGAAUGACAGAUGCCUUUUACCCCCUCAGCUGCUUAUCUACUUGCUGUAAUCAUCAUUCUCACUAGACUAGAUACUAGUGUCUAGUGAGUGAGACCUGUAUGAGGGUAUGUUGUUGUACCCUCUGCUCUGUGCUCCUGAAGUUUUUGAGUGACGAGAAGACUGAUAUUGCCUGGCCUUGUGUGUUUGAACUGUCAGAUGCAGCAGGCUGAUAGACCGUUGAUAUCACCUGAAUUGCACAGUGACAGCUUCCUCUCUCUCUCUGAUUGGCUAUUGAGCCAGAGUAGUGUCCUAGUCGUCAUGGUUUUCCUCUGAGCUGGCUCUUGGAUAGAUCUGACUUUAUGAAUAGAUUCAUGCUCACUAAGAGAGUCGAAUGGUUCAGAUAGGCAACCAAUGAUCUCAAUCUAAGCUAUUAAACUGAUAAUACAUUCAUACUAGCAUGACAUGUAAUAUGGCUCAGGUUGUAAUUUCUCUCAAUACAUACAAUGGCACCUGAAGUAAGUCCUCCAUUUAGGAGGUGGCCAGUCCACUUGUAGAAAAGGCUUAGUUCUUUAGGCCAGGCUAAAUUGAGUCUGUUCAUGCCAGGGGUUUAGGAUGCAGAGAGGGAUGAAAUGGCCAAUCUGAGCCAUACUAUGUGAGUUUGAGUCUAGCCUAACACUAACAACUGGCCAAGGAAUAUGUUUACCCCCAUGUUUACAUUCCAGUGAAAUGGGUUAGAAAGUGCACUUCAUGAGUCAGGCUUUAUUUUCACAUGCCAAGCAGAAUUAUGAGGUACAUAGCCAGCCUGUCAUACAUGAGACUCCUUCUCUCCAGUGGUCUGUCAGAUGUGGUCAAUGUCCCUGCCUGGCAUAAUAAAUAAGCAGUACGUUGUAGGCUUUUUUUUUGCAUCUCUGUCUUGUGCAAUUUAUAUUUAAUUUGGACCCCAAACAUUUUUCUAAUGUUUUAUGAAUGAACAUUUUGCAUCCCAUGCUUACACACUCUACUUUUUUACUGUCACACAUUGUUUGAAUAAUCUGAAAUACAGCAUUGAUCAGAUAGACAGUCCAAAUAAAGGAGUUACAUUUUUUUGCUACGUGA